AUGUUCUCUCGAAAUUCAACGAGUUUAAUGUUCGUCUCAGAGAAAAGGCCACACAUCAGUCUCGUUUUGCCAAUAUACUAUGAGCUCCACGAUUUACUACAUGAUUUGGCUGAGAGCAAGGAAGAUUUUGCAGAUCUUACUGAGGAUAUUGGAAGUGCUGUUGGUGGGAGUAUCAAUAAAUAUAUCAAGUACUAUACUUUCAUGGAUGCCUCUGAUCUAUACUAUACUGCACUGGCCUUGGAUCCUCGUGUGAAAGGAGCUCUCCUCCUUAAUGAGUUGGAUGAAGAGAACGCUGGGAGGAACAUUCUUCGAACUCUCCGUGAUGACCUUCACCACAAGUACUUUGGGACCACUGAACCACUGGAGGUGUAA